CCAGCACGUAGGAGCGAAGCAAAGCAGAAGGAGGAGUUUUGGACACAGCACGUCCUACUGGCUACCGGUAGUCCACCACCCACCACCGCGAAGGGUGGAGCGAGUCUAAUAAAAACAAGCCUUCAAAAAACUGCUUUAUCAAGUUACGCCUAAGCUGGAUUUCUUAUGAUCUGUAGCUAUUGGCAUUUAGCUGGCUAGUGGCUGUAUAAAGCAGAAUGAAGAAGGCAGAUUCCGAUACCAGCGAGGAGGAUACAAAGCCUCCCGCUCGAGAUACCACCUCCAGCGCUGCCCAAGCGAAGGAAAGACCAGUACAAAAGCGAAGGCGCCCUGAGGAAGACAUUGGCAGCCGAAAGAGACCUGCUGUGGCGUCCUUGCCUCGGGCUGCACAACAAGGAGCGUCAAAUCCGCCCACAGGAACCCUAAAAAGCCCACCUGCAGCUGCGGCUCCAGCGGUUGCGAGGAGAGGUAGGCCCCACAAGAAGCAGAGUCCUCCUGUUCCCUUUGGCCCCGUGAAGAAGAGCAAACCACGCGGUAAAGUUCAAUUGCAAGUUAUGGAGGAAGAGGUGCCUAAAAAUGAGACAGCAGAGGAAAAAAGGCUUAGACGGAAUCGCAAUAACGACCGGCGAAAGCGAGCUAGGAGAGCCAUGAAGGUUGAUUUCCUGAAUGAGCAAUACCAUACUAUGAAGGGGCAAAAUGAGACGCUUAAAACAGAAAACCUGACUAUACGAGAUCAGAUCACUGCCAUUAAAAGAGCAAUGGGAAUGGAAGAUGUUAAUCCGACCACUCCAUCUGGCGGAACGGCUGAGACCGAUCAAGAAGCCGAAAUGGCUGAUGCUGAACCCACUCAAGCAUCAGAAGUCAUCGCAAGCUCGGUUAGAAGUCGACUGGAUGGAUCCAUUAUGGCUGCUCUGAACCGUCAGCUCUCCUCCCCUUCAAGUCCACCAGCUCUUCAAGCAACAACUGCUCCUCAAAAAAGGACGUCUGAGUCACAACAGGAAGCACCUCAAGAAAGUCCAAUUCAAACCUCAGCGAGGGCACCGGUAACCGUUCGAGAGGCGGCGGGUGCUCUGACUGUUUCAUCCCAGGAACAAGGCGCGAAUGAGACAAGCGAGAGCGCUCAAGCUUGGCAGCAGCAGAAUCAAGCUGUUGAAGCCAUCAUGGCAUUGAUACAACGGCAACAGGCAAGUGCAGGGGCCGCAGACGUUCAGCAGCCAUCGUCACCUCCGCACGAAAGUACCAAUAUGGAAAGCAAUGUUGAAGCUGCACUUACGUCUGCAUCCCCACCAGCUGCUGCCUCCCCGGGACAAAACCCAAACCAGGUACCACAAAACGAGGUGCAGCUAGGACAGACCAUAGAAAGCCUGCUCUCGUCGAUGCAGUCAAGUGGAGGAGGGCAACCCGUGUCCUUAGCAUCGUUGCAACAAAUAUUGGCAAGCAACACAUCGAUCAGACCAGAUGCUUAUCAGAACGCAGAGAUUUUAUCACUUCUUCAACAACAACUUGGCGGCGGCGAACCCGAUGUUCAGCGAGGUUCUGGCGGUGCUUCAGGUGCUUCUGAGCCCGAAACUGCGAGGCGUUUGUUGUCGGCCUUGACAAGAGAAUCGCAGGUGAACCAAGAUCAAGACUUGGCAGCCUCGCUUCUGAAUGCAGCAGCGGGACGUCCCGGUGAGACCAACGAAGAUCCACCAGCUCAGGGUCCAGCAGCGCCUUUCAUCGAUACAUUGCAGCAUCAACCAUCAAGAGACGCUUUAAUGAGUGUGCUCCAGCCAUUUCAGGAUGGAGGAGCUGCCAGUGACGUGCUUUCAUCCAUCUCGCAGCAGCCUCAAGGCGCAGCAUAUGCAAUGGGGGCUCUCUUGCAACGGAUGCAGGAGUCUCUCACGCAAACUACAAGCCAGGAGCAUUCUGAGCUCCGUUCUCCGGUGGCUCAGCAACCAACCGGUGCUGGAAGUUCAGUCGAAAGCAUCGCGGCGUUGCUUCAGGAGCAUCGGCCGUCAUCAUCGGGCGGAGGAACGUCUUCCUCUCCUACCCAAGGAAGCGAGACUCUGAACAGCUUAACCCCCGAAGUCCUUGCUGCACUGCAGCAACUCCAAGGUCCUGGCGGUUCAGGUUUAAACUUGUCACGUCUCAACCAAGGACGUCAAAGCGAGAGUCGAGCUGCAAUAGCUUCGCCUGCGUCGAGCCAGAGCCGGAAUCACGAGGUUCUCGAGCUGGUGGAGUCCCUACGAAGACGGCAUAGAGAGGACCCCUCGAUUCAGGGGAUUCUGAGCAAGCUUCAGGGCCAACUGAGCGAAGCUGAUGAGGGACAUCUGAGCCAGUCACGAAGCCAGCCCAGUAGAGCCGAAGAUGACAUAAUAUUGAGCCAGCUACAAAACCAGUUGAUUGGAUCGGGUCCGGGAAUUGCGAGUCAGCACCAAAACCAGCCAUCCAGAGCUGGAGAUGUAAUGCGGAGCCAGCUUCAAUCCCAGCCGAGUGAAUCUGGACAGGGAGUUGGUGCGAACCAGGGGCAAGACCAGUCAACCCGAGCUGGGGAUGAAAAUGCAUUCCGGCCUCAAGACCAAUCAAGCGAAAUCAUGGAGCUGCUGAAUCAGCUGCAAUCCCAGCUGAGUGGGGAUGGAGAGGGAAUAUUGACACAGCUGCAAAAUCAGUUGGUUGGACCUGAAGAGGAAAGUGCGAGCCAGCCCCAGAACCAGCGGAAUAUUGCUGAAUACGGAAUUCUGAGCCAGCUGCUAAGCCAGUCCGCUGGAAUCAGAGAGCAAUUGCAAAACCAGCUGAGUGGAGGCGAAGAGUUGUUCGGUCUACUACAACAGGCCGGAGGAGAUGUUGACUUGUUGGGCCAAUUGCAGAACCAGCUGAGUGGUGGUGGGGAUUUGCUGCCUCAACUUCAAGACCGGCUGAGCGGAAGCGGAGAUUUGGUUCGCCAACUUGAAAACCGGGCUAGUGGAGACAAUUAUUUGUCCCAUCAACAGCAAAACCAAUCGAGCGGAGACAACGAUUUGUUAAACCAACUGCAAGGCCAGUGGAGUGGAGGCGUAGACUUGAUGCGCCAACUAGAAAACCAGCUGACUGGAGCGGGAGGAGCUUUGUCCAGACCUCAGCAGAAUCAACCCUCAGAUGAUACGGGCUCUGGUGACCUUCUAUCAUUGCUUCUGCGGCAAGCACAACAGGGUGCUCAAGCUGCUGUGCUUGCUGCUCCUGCAGCGCCAUCUCCUCCUCCUGCGGCAAAUAACGAUCUCGUGCAGCAGAUUCUGGCGAACCAGGGCCUUCUUGGGGGACAGGCAGAAGCAGAUGCUGUUGCGGCGGCAGCGGCUUCGGCUGAAACAACACCCGCCGACUUGGCUUUGGCACAAUCAAUACUGUCAGCCGUCACAGGCAAUACAUCCAUCGCAGUCGAUGAUCCCUUACUGCUGCGGGAACUGAUCAGUGGAUUGGGAGUGUCACCACCGCAGGAACAGUCUCAGCAUCACGGUUUGUCGAACCCAUUGACCAACCAAGCCAUGAUGCCCAAUAGCACACAUCAGCAGAGUAAUCAAAGUACCGCCUCGGCGGCCUUUUCGCCAGCAGCCAAUCCUCAACAGCAGCCGACCGCCGGAGCGCCAGUUUUUGAGAUGUUGCAGCAGAGGUUGCAGCAGGCGCAACAUCCAGACGAGAGAAGAGCCUCAGCCCAAAUUCAUUCUCUACCACUUCAACAACACGGCGGGAGCCUUCCUUCCCAAGGUCAACCACAGGCGCCACAACCGCAAGGGAAUCCUUUCCUGCAGCUUCUGACAAGCAGAUUGUUGAGCGGAGGAGGGGGGCUUGGUGCGGCGUCGUCCCUAUCGUCUCAGGUUACAGGCCACCGUUUGCACUCAUCUUCUCGGAUUCGGGAUCCCCCCUCCUCACCCAGAAGAGCUGACGAGGGGAAAGAUUCCAAGGAAGACAGCGGCGAGGAACGGGAGGGAGACAAGAGAGCAUGAUGAUGAUCGAAGAGUUGGGGCCCGCGAUGGGAUUGUCAUCCAUUCAUCAUGAGACUGAUUCAAAGACAAAGAUAUCACCCUUUUUGACUGCGAAUGCACCGCAAUUUUCCUUAAGGGAGAACUCGGGUGGACAAAAAGGCAGCUUACUCUGAAUCAUGAGGGUACUAUUGCAGUGGCAGCCAACUGGAUUCCAAAAAGGAGGACACCGUUGAUUACCAAUCCGUAAACCACUUUUUUAGAAACCACACCUUCUCUACUACGGUAUCUGAUCACUUUCCCGACGCUGGUGCCUACUCGACUAGACUCACCAUCAGGAAGCACCCUUCCUGCCAUAGAAGACUACAUACAUACAUACAUAGAAGACUAUAGCUGCGGAGAGGGCAUGCGUCAUCAUAAGUGCAUCUCCGGUGUGCUGCGUUUUUUAGGGGUCCGCUUGACACCGCUGUAACUCCUCUGUACUAGAGUACCGGUAUCCUCUUCCCUUUCUUUGCCACGCUCCUCUGUGGCAAGCGGCAAUGUGUUCUGCGG